GUCUGGGCUCAUAAAGACCGUUUCAAACAUUGUCGGGAAUCGUCCGCUGUAGCAGUUAUAACGAAACACUCCAACACGAAAAGCAAGUGUUACAUAAUGCAUGCUCCCUAUUCCCAAGUAGUUCUUCUCUUUAUGCGCGCAGAAAUAUAUGGUUGAACCUCAAGCUCGGUGGUGUGCGGUGUGUGCUGCGCAAAAAUGACUUCGAUCUCACCUUUUACUCCGCCGAUCGUUAAGCGUUUAUUGGCAUGGAAGAAAGGCGAACACGACAAAGACGAUAAGUGGUCUGAGAAGGCUGUGAAAAGUCUCGUCAAAAAACUGAAGAAAACAGGGGGGUUGGAUGAAUUGACGAAAGCCCUGUCUACCCAGGAUCCUAACACAAAGUGCAUCACUAUUCCCAGAUCGUUGGACGGACGACUACAGGUUUCUCAUCGUAAAGGCUUGCCACAUGUAAUCUACUGCCGCCUCUGGCGCUGGUCUGACCUUCAAAACCACCAAGAACUCAGAGCCACAGAGCGCUGCGAGUUUCCCUUUCACCUAAAACUGGAUAGAGUUUGUGUAAACCCCUACCACUACAUGCGUGUGGAGCCACCAGAACUUCAAGGACAAACCCAAAAUGUACUGCCACCAGUACUGGUCCCACGGCAUACAGAAAUACCAGACAAGAUACCACAGCUUGACGACUACAGCAACACUGUUCCUGAAAACACGGACUUCCCCGCAAGUCUCAAUGACAACUUCAGUAUUCCUGACACUCCACCUCCAGGAUACCUGAGCGAGGAAGGAGAAACAACAGAUAGUCAAGAUAUGGAUGGGAUUGAUGUAUCACCCAGUCCCCCAGUCCCAGCGGAGAAUGCUGAUCUGCAACCUGUUACCUACAAGGAGCCAGACUUCUGGUGCUCUAUUGCCUAUUAUGAGCUGAACACAAGAGUAGGUGAAACCUUUCAUGCCUCACAACCUUCGCUGACAGUUGAUGGCUUCACAGAUCCAUCCAACUCCGAACGCUUCUGUCUUGGCUUGCUGUCAAAUGUUAAUCGCACUCAGCAGGUUGAGAUGACAAGAAGACACAUAGGAAAGGGUGUUCGGCUGUAUUAUAUUGGAGGGGUGUUUGCUGAAUGCCUCAGUGAGAACGCUGUGUUUGUGCAGAGUCCAAACUGCAACCAGCGCUAUGGCUGGCACCCUGCCACAGUGUGCAAAAUUCCUCCAGGAUGCAACUUAAAGAUAUUCAACAACCAAGAGUUUGCAGCCCUGCUGGCCCAAUCAGUCAACCAAGGAUUUGAAUCAGUUUACCAGCUAACAAGGAUGUGCACUAUUCGAAUGAGCUUCGUCAAGGGCUGGGGUGCUGAAUACAGACGGCAAACUGUAACAAGCACCCCCAGCUGGAUAGAGAUCCACCUGAAUGGCCCACUGCAGUGGCUGGACAGAGUUUUGACUCAGAUGGGAUCCCCAGGCCUACCUUGUUCGUCGAUGUCCUGAGUGGAGAUUAUUGCUUUUGUCCAGAAAGUCUCAUCUCAUGCUGUUGUCCCAUGAAUAGCUUGUGGAAAUGUAUAAACAUUUGGCCUUUGUGAAUCAUGGUAGACAAUUGUUGAUUCCACAGACUACGAAAAGACAAAGAGCUCUGUUACCUGGGUGCAAGAUAAUGUCCUAACUGCAUGGAAAAAAAUUGUUUGGUCUCAAAUGUGGCUGUGAUUGUUAACAUUGUUGGGGCAGAUGGUUUGAGGGUAACACACUGGAGGAACUGAAGGAGCUGUUUCUUGAUGAUCCAUAAUGGCUAUGCAUAGUUUAAAGAUGUAUAGCUCUAGAAUAUUCUUGUUGGCUUCUGGAAUGUAUCAUCAAAGUCAGUAGAGACCUCUGCUUUCGAGUACAUGCUUGUGUAUGAUGGCUGUGUGUUUGCAUGCAUGCAUAGAUGUCUUUAAACAUGUAUCUGCAAAGAAUUUGUCAAUCACUAGAAUAUUAUCAGUGCUUGCUCUUAAUAUUAGUCCAAACCACAGUUUUCCCCAUGCAAAGGUUUUGUACAGUUGGUUGUGAAAGAAAUUACAUGGAAAUAUACUCUUCAUACAGCAGAAACAUGGAAAUAAAGUAAUAAUGUAUCAAAAGGAGGCUGGGGAUCUUUCAUGGACCAUGUCUCUAUCCAUAAUAUACGCAUUGUUUAAAAAAAGGUCAGCCAUUUCGUUUCUUAAAAAGCUUGGCAUUGCUACAAGAUUUCCCCAGAACGGAACUGAGAAGGCCUUCUGUCCUGAAGAUGCAGUGCACAGAGAGGUCACUGCUGUCCCAUUUACUUGUAGUCUUGAUUAUAUGAUGCACAUAAACAGUGAAUGGGUUUGACCUCUUUUUAUGGUGGUGUUUGUAGAGUUGUAUCUUUGGGACAGAAGAGGUUAAGUUAGAUUUGAAGAGUUCAUCCCUGUCCUUUGAAGCUUUUUUUUUUUGUGUGUGCACUCUAGAUCUUCAGUUAGGGUGAAAAUGAUUCCAAAAUUGGUGCUGAUGUUGACUCACUAGAGUUGUGCCCCUUUGGCAUAGGCCUUUUUCUAUAGAUGCAUGAAAUUUUAUUAUUUUCAAAAAUUAUGCAGUGAUCUUAGUGCUCAUGUGGCCUUUGCUAACAACGGUCUAUGAAGCAACUUCUAUGAGUUAUUACUCAAGGUUAAUACUGCAAGAGUUGGUAGAAGAUACACUGUACAAGGGACUUGUUAUGUCAUCUGGCUUAAGAGCCUAGCUAUUGAAACCAACAUAUUCUAUCUACAGAGGUGUGAACAGCUAAAUCUUGCCAGUUUUGUCUGCAGACUAUUCUCAGACACUCCAGCUAUCCCAUUGUUGCAGACUUUGUCACACACAUAGUUACCCAUUAAAAGGUCAUGUACAACUAUU